AUGGCAAGCCUAAGGACACUGCGACCACUCGGUCGCGCCGCCACCCGGCCAUCCCCAUCACCAAGGCUCUUCUCCCUCGCGCGGCCCAAUCCCUGCGUCGCAGCAGCAGCAGCAGCAGCCUCCCGCCGCGCCGCCUCGACGCACCACAAAAAGCACCCCAAGGGCUUCACGGCGCCGACGCAGUCCGAGCUCGACGAGCUGCGCGCCACGGUGCAGGAGUUCGCCCGCCGCGAGAUCCCGGAGGAGGUCGCCGCGCGCACCGACAGGGACAACGACUUCCCGGCCGACAUGUGGGCCAAGCUCGGCGACGCGGGCCUCCUGGGCAUCACGGCGGACGAGGACGUCGGGGGGCUGGGGCUGGGCUACCAGGCGCACUGCAUCGUGCUCGAGGAGCUGUCGCGCGCCAGCGGCUCCAUCGGCCUCAGCUACGCGGCCCACUCGCAGCUCUGCGUCAACCAGAUCCAGCUCAACGGCAGCGACGCCCAGAAGCGCAAGUACCUGCCGGGGCUCGUCGCCGGCACCAAGGUCGGCGCGCUGGCCAUGUCCGAGACGGGCGCCGGCAGCGACGUCGUGAGCAUGCGCACCUCGGCCCGGGCCGUCGACGGCGGCUACCUGCUCAACGGCAGCAAGAUGUGGAUCACCAACGGGCCCGACGCCGACUACAUCGUCGUGUACGCCAAGACGGAGCCCGAGGCCGGCUCCAGGGGCAUCACGGCCUUCCUCGUCGAGAGCACCGCCGCCGGCUUCAGCUGCGCCCGCAAGCUCGACAAGAUGGGCAUGCGCGGCAGCAACACGGGCGAGCUCGUCUUCGAGGACGUCUUCGUGCCCGCCGACAACGUCCUGGGCAGGGUCAACGGCGGCGUGCGCGUGCUCAUGGAGGGGCUCGACCUCGAGCGCCUGGUCCUGAGCGCGGGGCCCCUGGGCCUCAUGCAGGCGGCGCUCGACGUCGCCCUGCCCUUCGCCCACGCGCGCAAGCAGUUCGGCACCCCCAUCGCCCAGUUCCAGCUCGUGCAGGGCAAGCUGGCCGACAUGUACACCAAGCUGCAGGCCGCGCGCUCCUACACCUACGCCACCGCCCGCGCCGUCGACGAGGACGGCCUCAUCCGCACGCAGGACUGCGCCGGCGCCAUCCUCUACGCCGGCGAGAGGGCGACCGAGUGCGCGCUCGACUGCAUCCAGGUCCUGGGCGGCAUGGGCUACACCGAGGAGAUGCCGGCGAGCCGGAUCCUGCGAGAUGCAAAGCUGUACGAGAUUGGAGCCGGUACCAGCGAGGUCCGGAGGAUGGUCAUUGGCAGGGCCUUCAACAAGGAGUACGCCCACUAUUCGCAAUAG